ACAAAUUUCAAUUCACUACCCCUCUUCUAAGAUAAGAAAUACUCAUUUACGUCUUUUUCGUCCGGACAAAGGACCACAUACUGUACAUUUCAGUGUAUGUAAUAGUCGGUCUCAUUAUUUAUUUUUAGUAUAUACACACUCAGUGAUCUUGGUAAUUCAAGCAAUCUGAUUGGUUAGCUAUCACGGACUAUGACGUUAUAUUCACCGCGCUAGGCGGUGAAUAUAAAGCAGAACAAAAUCGCUGUCGUGAACUGGGUGUUUUGCCAAAGUUUCAUUGUAAAGCCUUUUUGAAAAUACACGAAUAUCCAAGUGCUGAUGACUUUGAAGGCAAGAAAAGACUUCAUGGUGUUUAAACGGCGUGAUUUAUUGUGAAGUGGUUUACUGUAGCUGACUUUUUGUACGCUCGAAGCUAUGUUUACCACUACAGAGGAAAACGAGGUCGCUUUGUCACUGUUUUGUGAUUUCGAGAUUUUCUCGCUAGACCAAUUUUGCCUAUAAAUAGAAGUUAAUUUAUGGAGGAAAGAGGAAGGCAAUUAUUUUCGAAAACUGUACGUGCCAGCCAGACGACAAGGCAAAGAACUUUGGAGAUAAACAACGCUCACCUUGAUCGUAGCCGCUGUUGAUAGCAUUUUGCAAGAAGCGACAAAGAAAACUUUCUCAUUUACGGUGAGUUGACAGAAACAAAUAAAGCUCUACUUUUCUUCUCAGAAUUGGGUAGUAAUUUAAAUUUUCGGCGUUUUCUUUUAAACCGUUGAUGCUAAAGCUUACAAAACUCGAUACAAAAAGAUUAAAACGAUCAUUUGCCAUGUCUGAAGAUACUGUAAAGAUCUAAAUUUUGCGCAUCCACUGUCUACGGCUUCGUGUUCACGCAUGAAUUCACCCGUAAAUCAAACUAAUCGCUUUUUAAUGGUUUCCUUUCUGAUUCUGUUGAGAUCACUUCGUGUGAAUAUACUAAAACAAUUAUUCACCUCAGGCGAAGUUAAUAUUGUUGAAUAAUCCCCGAGACGAAAAAAUCGCCUUCGGCGAAUAGUUGUUAAAUAAUAUUUCUUCGUUUCUGUUGGGCUCAAAUCCCCCGGUUAUUUCUUGAUAAGCAGCUAGGGACGACCGAAUUUGUAUAGCCUGUUCCAGGCUCCGCGAUAGGCGGGUCCGCGGUAUUGAGAAAGCACUCUCGCGUCUUCCCCACUCUUUCGCGCCUUCCCCACUAUCUGAGAGCCUGGAACAGGCUAGAAUUUCUAAGACGUUUGCUAUAUCCACUGAUAUGGCAUCAAUGGAUGACAGUUGUUCACUGAAGUGGAGUUGGCUGGUGGUGGAUAUCUACUACUAGCCACCGGCGCUGAGGUGAUUAAUUGUUGUUGUUUUUCAGUCUAUUCUAAAACAGUGAGAUAAUUGAGCACAAAAAUCAUGGUUUUCAACUCAGUAACUGCUGCCAACAAUUACAAUUUUGGCGCGCAAAUGACCGAAAGGCCGUCACGUUUUCUUGUGGUCCAAUAAAACUGAAAGGCAUUUUUUUAGCUAUUGUAGGGAAUUUUCUUCAAAAGGAGUUAUGAAUUCUCUUUGUAUUUAAAACCAUUCACAUAAAAACUGUUAAAUUUAGUUUUAAGCUCGUUUUUGAACAUGUAAAAUAUAAAAUACAAAAAUCUUUUCCACUGGUUCCAUCGAUAAAUUCAAGUAGAACUGACAACGUUUUUCCUGUUAAAGCUUUCAAGCAGAAUUUUGUCACCUUCUUCGCGAGUUUCGCGUCGCUCGCUCGGAGGAGCUGGAGGGUGAAUCAGUGAAUAGCAAUGGAUAUUCCGACUUUGAGUAGCCAAUCAGAGCACGCGGAAUACAGUAUCCACUGUUUUAGCAUAUACUAAUAUAGGAUGUCGAAAAUAAGGGCCAGCAACUGAGAGGUACUGGAGACUAGUUGAUUUGAAAGAGUUUGCGAAUUUGGUAGGUCUUUUUACACGUUGUGUAAAAAGAGAGGCGAAUAACCUUAUUGGUAGUUAAUUACGGGAUUUUAUCAUCACUUUAUUGUCAUUUUAUUAUCGCGCAUUUCUAUUUAUAAAACCAAUUAAUGACGUAAUCUAAAAAAUCUCUGUUUUCGGUUGUUAAAUUACUUCUAGGAUAACAGGAGAUGCCAGGGAGGACGAAAUGGAUGAAAACCUUGGGUGAGUUAUGCUCCAGAUCAUCACUGAAGUUAUUGUUUUAUAACUGUGGGACAAUCAGCCGGCGAAAAGGGUGCAAAUUCAGGGUACAGUGGUUCGGUAAUGGUUUGGUAGUGCGUCUUGGGCUGCUAAAUGACUUAAAAAAUUAAGACAGGAAGUAAUACUGUAUUGUAAUAAGUUACGGGAACAAAUCAGUGCCUUGUAGAGAACUGAUUGUACAUUGUAACAGCAUAACCGUGUAAAUAAGAUUGUGAUCACUGAGGCCAAGAGUCGUUGUUCAGGCCUGUUAGGCGACCACAAUGAACGGGCAUUCACAAAUGUUAACUUCAAACAUUUUUUUGCGAGCACUUUAGGUUUCUAGGCUUUAAGACCAUCACAACCCUUAAGUGGCGAACUGCGUAUGGUUCAAUGAGGACCCAAGUUGAUGACCCGUUCCGGUGGCUUGAACGCGAAACGUAGGAAAACACCACGAGAUCCUGUCCGGUCACUUGAAGAGUUUCUUAGAAGGCGCCCAUGAGAAAUGUGGACCUCUGGGUCUUUGUACUUGGCAAAUGCAGCGUCCAAAAACCAAGGCCCCCUGCGAACUUGAAAGACCCUGGCACAGACUCUGAACGUUAAUGCAAAUCAAAUUUCAGUACAUUCUAUCAGAAAGGUUGUGAGCCGGACAACCGAGGCACAAAAUCAUUUACAUUACCGGCCAUUGAAACAAAACCCUGGUCAAUAACUACGACGAAAUUAAUGAUGAGGUGAUAGGAGAACUCUGUCCCAUAUCAUAAUAGUAGUUAGGUAAAUAGGCGUUCUAGCGCAGUUUGGAUUUGACCAUUGGAUUUUGUUGAGGUCAGCAAUUUUGAGGUGGCUCAUUGGAUUUUGGGACAAAAUGGCUUAAAGAAAUGUCGCCCUAUAAUAGUAUGACCGUGCGUCAGGACAUGAUCAGAGAACUAUUAUAUAGAAUCGAUGAUGAGACUCUCCGAGCCCUUCUAGAGCAUGAAAAAACAGCUAUGAUAAGCCUGACUGGAGCAAGAUAUUGCUUUUUUGGGGGCCCAAAAUGACGAUAAUUUAGCUCGGACAGAGUCAUUGGAUACUAUUUCGGAAUUCAGUGAUGGGGAUACAGAUGAGUCUCGUGUUGUACCAGAUGAUGCUCCCCAAGAGGAAGAUGAUAGUGAGGAUGAGGCCUCGAAAGAUGAUGGUAAUGGUGAAGAAGAGGACCCAGAAGAGGAAGAUGAUAGUAAGGAUGAGGCCCCGGAAGAUGAUGACAAUUGUGAAGAAUAGGACCCAGAAAAGGAAGAUGAUAGUGAGGACGAGGCCUCGGAAGAUGAUGAUGAUGCAAUUAAGGGGCACCCCUUGUUUAUAGAUCAAGGUGUUACAAAGUAG